CGUGUCUUCUGUGAAGAACAAUGUUCCUUGCAGUUUUGUUAAAGUUAAAUUAAUUAGAAGAGAUUUUAAGUUAAGUACAUACUGUAUUGCAGCAUAGGGAAGAACUUUGGUGCAUGCAGCGGAUCCAAUGGAGCUGCAGGCAUUGCUUGUGUUGUGCGGAGUGGGAGUAGCGGGAGUAGCUGUUCUCCUCUUAAUGGGUCUCUUCUCUACAUCUGGAACAAGUUAUGAAGAAGCAAUAGCCCAACAACGAAAAGCUACUAGUGAACUUCUAGCACUAGCUGAUAGCAAGACGAAAAAUAAGAAAUCUAACAAGAAAGUUAAUAAGAAGGCUAAAAAAGAGAAGAAUAAGGAAUCUGCAGUUGCUACUGGUAGUGAGCCUGAAAGUGAAGCCCCGGCAGAGAGUGGUUUGGAGGAUGAUGGAGGAUCAGGAAAGCAUCAUGUUGAGUUCUGCCCACCAGUGGUUGUUGAAGUACCCACAGACAUACCACCUAACAUAAAGAUCCGCAAACGUGGCAAGGAUCCUAAGGUUAAGCCGAUUCUUCUAAACAAAGAGGACCCUAGUUGUAUUAAUGAUGCAAGCAACCUUACUGAUACAAAUAGUACUGCUGGUGCAAAUCACUUUGAAGAAAUGCUUCCUAAGGAUGAGUUCGCGUUGAUGCAUUCAACAAUGCUUGGGGAAAAAGUAAGUGAGAUGAAAGAAGAGGUUGUUGAAAAAAAGGAAAAUAAAGUGGCAAAGCAAGUUAAAAGUGGUGCCAAAACUGCAGCCAAAGUUGCUACCUCUGAUGCUGCGGUGAAGGAAGCAAGCCGAGAGCAUGUUGAGCCACCAAAGGAACAACGCAAAGCUAAAAAGACAGAGAAGAAGGUUGCUGAAGAAGUGGCUAGUGUGGUGGAAGAGAUCGUCCCCCCUCUAAAUGUACCUCAACCAAGUGAAUUGACCACCGAGAAGCUUCUGAAACAAGCCCUCGUGAGCCAGCCACCAGCUGCAUCACCAUCUGUCAGUAAGAAUAAGAAGAAAAAGGCUGAACCGAAUGUCUUGUCGCUAAUAGCUAAUGAAGGUGGUGGAGUGGCUGUCAAUGAAUUAGUACGUGUUGUUAAGGAAGCAUCGCUCUCUCGCACAGAAAUACAGAUUUUGACGGACACACUCUUGAAUAAGCAACACGACCCCUUGCCUGAACACUCGGAAUGGACUGAGGGACCGAACGAUCCCAUCCAAAAGUUGAAGAAACAAUUGGCCGACAAGGAGAAGGCUCUUGCUGACGAAAUAGAGGCAUCUCAAGCACUGCAUGCUAAACUGAAAGAACUACGAGUAAACCUGAAUGCCGAGAGGGGAAGAGCAACCGCUGCGAGUCGUUCAGCGGAGCAGGCAGCGAGCGCCGUACGGGCUGAACUUCACACCUCUCAAGUGCGCCUGCAGAGGCUCGUGGAGGAGAACCACGUGCUUGCACAGGACAAACUCAUGCUUCAGGCGAAAUUGAAGGAAGAUGGCGACGCCCAAGCUCAGAUGGAAAUGCAUAUUCAAAGAUUAUCUGAGUCGGAGGCGACGCUGGUGCAGCAGCUGCAGGUGUUGCAGGCGGAGGCGGCGGCCCGCGCCCUGGAGGCAGGUCAGGCUCGCUGCGAGCUGGUCGCCGCCAGGGACUCGCUCAUCAUGGCGCAGCAGCACGCCGCAGACCUGGCGCAGCAGCUGCAGGAGGCGAACCGAGCCUACGCAGAGCUGGAACAACAGCGACAGUGUGCGCUUCACGCAGACCAACUGGCGCAGCAAGAACUCAGGCAGGCUCAACAACGACAAGCAGAUCUACAGAAUGAUGUACAAAGGCUCACCGAGCGAGCUCAGGAAGCUGAGAAGAAUGUGGAGAAGAUUAAAGAGGAUUAUGAAAAAGAAAAGCAAGAGUUGUCGAACGAAGUGAGUUCAUUGCGGGAACAACUGGCAUCCCGCGACACAGAACUUGCCGAGUUAAAGGUUAUGAAAGCAGCUCCCACUCAGAAUGGUCUGUUAUCGAGCCCCUCUGACAACGAACAAGCCAAGGCUGCUGAAUUAGCGAAGGUCGAGAGUCUUGUUGAAGGUCUGCGCGGCGAGCUACGAGCGGCCCAGCUCAGUAACGCAGAACAAAAGGAACAACUAAGCGCUUUGCAGCUACAGCUGGAACAAUACAAACAAAAGAACAACGAGAUACGAACUAAAAACUGGAAAAUAAUGGAGGCUUUACAAAACGCUGAGAGAUCACUCCAGGCUAAAGCAUCCAGCGCGUUGCCGGCCCAAGGCACAGGCUCCGAAACAAAGACAGUAGAAAUCCUAAAUAAUGAAGUAAUCAAUAUACUUCGCUCUGUAUGCCCAAGCGCAGCACCAACUCAAGAAAUCGGCAAAGAAUGGUUCAAAACAUAUGCAGAAAACCUAAGAAACGAGCUACACAAUAAAGAAUCUGCUAAGACACAAAUUGAGACAGAACUGACACAGAGGAUUGUUGAAAAAGAAAAUGAGAAGAAACGAGUUGAAAGUGACUUGAAGAAAAGAGUUGCAGAAGCAGAAGCGGCAAAGCAACAACUGCAGGAGGAGAUGAAGAAGAGAUUGCUAGAGAAAGAGAAUGAGAGGAAGAAGUUGGAGAGUGAGAUGCAAAAUAAGUUAUUAGAGACUGAAUCGGCUAAGAAACAUGUUGAAGAUGUACAGUCGCCUGUUAGUAAUUCGCGAUUAAACGAGUUGGUCGCACAAAAUGAACAGCUACAAGCACUAGUUGAUAAGUAUAAGACCAUAAUUGAUGAUACGGAGGGUGUGUUAAGUAGAUUGCAACAGAAUGUGUCCGCUGAAGAAGCAAAGUGGGCUAAGCAGCUGUCGGAAAAACAACGUGAACUAGACGAACUCAGGCUUACCACGGUGCAACAGAUGCAGAGCAAAAUUGACGAACUGGAAAUAGAGCUGCAGAAGUCACAGAGGAACAAUCACAACGCAAGUUUCGCCGAGGCUGAACGACUCACAGAGGAAAAACUGCUGUCGACUUUAUCCAGCAAGGUCGACGCGGAUACACUCAAUGGACCUUUGCAGUAGGCGAGACUCGAAAGGAAAUAACCACAGUAGAAGACAUGGAGGUUGGGAGAGAAUAUUCCAAGAGUGACGUGCCCGAGACACCGGAGUGACAGCAACGGAAAAACACUGCCGCUGCCAUAUUGCUAAGUAACGGUCUUCAAUUUGUACAAUCAGUUUUAAAGUUUUUCUAUGACAUGGUGCAAAUAUAGAAACUGCUCUACCGUGGAAGGUUAUAAAAUACUAAUAGUUUAAUUUUUUAGAUAAAAUUUAAGAGAACUGUUAAAUAUAUCACUCUAUUACGGUUAGGACAGUUAUUGUGCUUUGUUAAAGAUGUUAAUGAUCAGUUGCAUCAAUUGAAUGGAGCCUUUUUUUUAUAUAUUAUAAUAAUUGACAUGAUUUUUGUUCAUUUGUAAAGCUCAGUAGGUUAUUUAAUACAAAUUGUUCUCACAAAUGUUGGUACAAAAUUUAAUUACAAUAAUAAUAAUUAUUUAUCAGGAUUUGUUCUGCCUUUGUUCUUAUAAGCGGCGCCAAUCAUAAAGCAUUUUUCGACAUAAGGUCAGCGAACAGACUGUGUUUUGAAGAAAUAAACGGGGGUUUUAGGUCGCAUUUAGUGCUCGACCGACGGUCAGCGCUGACUUCGGUCAAGUGUAGCUAGCUAUAACAAUGAAAACAAUAAUAUGAUCGCGUACAGUCCAGCGCUAAUGAAUUGCUAUGCGCGUAGAGCCACGCUGUGCUGACGAAAACCGUCGGUUGAGCUCGUCGGUCGUCGGCGUACCUCGGUCCUCUGACACGCAAUGGCGAUAAAUCAUUGAAGGUUUUUGAAUUAAUUUAAUUUAACUGUUUUUUGUCAAUGGUCAACAGUUUGAAAAAAAUGUUAAAUCGUCAACGGGUUUUCAAUCAUCGGCUAAUGAAUUAAUUAAUAAUUUAAUAGGUUUAUAUUAUUAAAAAUGCAAAAUGUAAUUUAUACCAAGUAGCUAUUUCAUCAAUAUAAUAUCAAGUCAACGUUUUCGCUCGCAACUUCUUCUCGUCAGCCGUUUUGAAUUAAGUACAACGAAAAUAUUGUAAGUUUAUGACAGCAGAUUAAUGUUAACAUUUUCUAAUUAAAUAAUCUUCCCUUGCAUAUCUGCAAGCAAUAAAAGGUGUUUUUGCGAGACAUUCAAUCAUCAAUUUAGUGGCGUUGUUGUGGCGGAAAUGCAACUUAGAAAGGGAUAGGUGCAAAAACUCUAUUAGCUUAUUAUUUUCAACAGGUUUUUUCGUUGAAAAAAACAGUUAACUCGUUAUCGCAUAUAAAACUGUUUAUAAAAACAGUUUAUUGAUGUAACGACCAGUACCUCUAGCGUUCAGUGCUACACUGACCGAGCAACACAACGUACGCGCGCGUCUAACGUAAACAAAAAUUCAUGUUCUGGAAAUUUCUAAUAAGUAUAUUGUUUGUUUCUCCAUUAUUACUACGCUCUAUAAUGAUUGCGGAAAUUGAAGAAUUAUAUUUAAAUGUUCUUGUUUUUAGUGUUUUGGUUUGAGCUGACCGUCUCGUUGCCAGUGCUGUAAAUAAAGAAACUAAUAAUAAUAAAAAGCAAAUAAACAGUAACUCUCCGUGAACUAAGUAACGUUAGUGAUUUUAAUGUACAUGUGCGAGAGUGUAACAAGGAUAGAAUGAUAUUACCAUUGUUUAUGAAACGCUUUCAUAUUGGCGCAACUUAUAUUAUCUUUUAUAAUGGGCAUGAUGACAGUAGUAUGAUAAAAGAAUUCUAAAAAAUGAAGAUUUCUAUGCCAAUUUCAUGAUUAAAACAUAAAAAUUGUUCUUGUUCAAUAAAAUAAAAGUUAACUGAAACAUGUAUGGCGUCUCAAUUUUAUAUAACGCGAUAACAUUGAUUUAUGAGUCGUGACGUCAUAAUCUGCCGCCAUUACAAGAAUUUUUUGGCGCGCGUUAUUUGUUUGAUUUUUUUGCUGAAACAGGUUUCUUUUUUUUUUUCGAAAAUAGAAAACGGAACAGUUUUUAAAAUCCGUCAUCAUGCCUUUUUUUCGUGUACAAAGCGACAUGUGUAUUCAUAGUAGAAAAUAUAUUUUGACUUUAACAAAAACCAGCAAAACAAAAUUGAAACAUUAAUUACUGUUUUGUUCGUUGCUCUGUUUAUCUGAUUUUAUAAAUUAUUAAGCCGAAUAAUUGCAAUAAUUCUAACAAGAUGUAUUGAGUAAUUUGGCCUACAAAUAUAAUAGUAAAACGAAAGAAUACCCGUAAAAAUUUUCAAUUGUGUAUUGUUUAACUCGAUUCAUUUAAGUUCGUAAGUCUAUUAAAUGUAAUAAUUUUGGUGAUAUAGCUUUAGAUUAUAAUUUAACAUAUUUUAUUCAUUGUAAAUCAAAUAAAUUGAAAUAACUUAGAUAAUUUAUACCUCUAGAUAGAGCCUCUUGUUGCCAGACAAUUGAUGAAAACUGGCCAGGUCUAUAACUUUAGUGUGCGUGACAAGCUACGUCUUGCAUUCGCGAUUUGUCACUUGUGUAAAUAGAUAAUAAUAUAAAUAGAGGUUAACAGUUAACCUCAAUUUUUUUCGAUGUUUUCACAUCUGUCACAGUAUAUCUAGACGUAUGAAUGAUCUAAGUGUAAUAGUUGCCCAUACGACAUAUUGUACCGGAUAUGUGGGAACAUUUGCUAUAAGAAAGACAUUAAGAAUGCUUCUUCAACAAAAAAAAAAUGUUUUUAAGUAUGUAUGUGAUUCGGCAUUAAAUUAUUAUUGUUUAAAUUAAUUUAUAUUUAAUCUGCUUUUCCGAAUUAAAUUAUUGUACGCAUUAUACAAUGAUUUUAGGAAGUGUUACUUAUUUUUUAAAUGUUUAUUUUACAAUACAAGCUUCGUACUAGAGCAUAAUAUAAUCAUUUAUCAGUGCCUUAGAUUAAGAUCUGAAUGUUUAAGUUGUAAAGGAUCCUUUUCUAUCCGUCUAUAAAUUACAAUUCUGCUAGGUUUAUCUUGCAUUAUAUAAAAUGUCCGAUUUUUGCAGUAGAUUUGCAUGAAAUAAACGAAAAGUAUUGCUCAAAUGAGUAAGUGUUUUUGUGUAUCUUUGUUAUAAAUUAUUUGUACUUUUUUACUUUCACAUUCAUCCAUUGAUAUACCCAUUGUAAUGUCCAGUACAUAGUAGGGUUUGUAGGUUAACUUGGAUAAUUUGUACCAUUUUGUUUAAAAGGACCUGCUAUAUUAUAUUAGAAACCAUAAUUUUAGAUAUAAAUUGUAAUCAAAUAAACUAUUUCUACUAUUAA